UCUUUGCCCGCCGUAUGUAUACACGGCCCACGGCUCAUAUGCACGUCCUUUACAGGCGCCUCUGAAUCCAUACGCUGUUUUAUACACACAACCUGUGCUCUCGAUGCCGUCCCAGCGGUCCUGUACACGAGUAGUGGUUUCGAUAAAAUCCACCAUUUAAUUAACAAUGUCAAUGGCAGAGGCGACGUGUCUGUCUGGACCGACUGUGUUAACGUGGUGUAUUGCGUCGGCGUACCGGGAAACUUCACACGGGUCUUUGGUCACUGUUCGCACGCUCUAACCGCCGGCACAGCGCGACCUGACACAGUGAACGCCGGCCGCAGCCUGUGCGUUGCCGUUGUCAUCGCUCCAGUAAAGUUCAUCGCGCGUGCAUUCGCUGUUCACGUAAUCCUUUGACUUAUGCGACUCUCAUUGAAUCAAUCGAAUCGUCGUUUCGUUUUUGAAAAUUAAUUGUCAAUGGAACCAAAAGUCAUCAAAGAAGAGAUGAUUGAGCGAGAUCCUGGAGUUUUAGAAGAAAGUUCUACAAUAAAUAAUAAUAACAACAACAAUAAUAACAAGGAAUCAUCUUACAGGAUACAAACUCGUAAAUCCAAAAUCAAGUCCAAAGAAGCUUCCGGUUUCACGGCCAAUGCUUCUGCUAUAGAAUCCUCACGUGAACAGUUACUCAGCCCGUCGCUGCAAACCGCCGGAACAGUUCAAAACGACAUCGAAUCGGAGAUUGCUAGUCCUUCGUCAGAGAACAAUACAUUUAGAAAUCAUUCUAAACUUAAACGGUUUCUCUCUACACUAGUUCAGUUCAGCGUACAAUUGUCUCCACAGAUAAGCGAUCGUGUCAAGGGUCAAAUUUUCAACUUGGUGAAUAAUCUAAUAAGUCCUGAAGAAUUUCACCAUAAUGUACAAGAAAUGACUAAUUUUCCUUUACGACCUUUUGUGCUACCGUUUUUGAAAAAUCACAUACCUUCUUUACACCGCGAACUCAACUCAUUAGCACGAAACAACAAACAAACACUUCAGCAAUAUUUGAAACAACACGAAAAUGCUUAUUUGGACAGGGACUCUCAGCCUAGCGAACCGUCAGAGAUUUUCCACCAGGUAGAAAAGGUGCAAGCGCCACCUCCACCGUCUAGAGAAAACAAUGCGGUGGCCAGCAAUUCUUGCGCCGGUAGCGUUAACAGCAACAAAAGACCUUAUCAAGACGGCAAUAAUUAUUUCGAGAAUGGAUGUAUUAUCGAUGUGGACUAUCAGCAACCGUGUGUAAAACGGUCUAACUUAAGCUACGGUAUGCCAUUCAUGUAUCAUCACCAUACACAUUUGACCAAUCAGGAAACUCAGCAUCCUUACAAUAUUGUACCACUGUUACAUAUUCGUGGAGAUCCAGAAGAUAACAAAGGGCACGUCGAAGACGAAUGGAAAAAUAUACACGUAAUGUUAAACUGUAUAUUGAGUAUGGUCGAAAAGACAAAAAAGGCAUUGGGUAUUUUGCAAGAACGAGGACUAGCAGAGUCUAAUCUUCCAGAAUGGAUUAAGAAAAAGUCUACAGAAGAAAUGCUUUCACAAACGGUUCGUUUAGCCGAAGAGAAAAUUGAAGCCGUUAAAAAAAGAGCAGAGGAGUCUAUGAAUGAUAUCAAACACCAAGCCCUAGCUGAAUUGCAAAAGUUGGUAUUAAGUGCUGAAAGUAAGAUCAUAGAAAUGAUGGUUACUGAAAAAGCUAAAAUGAAUGCUGCAACAGCAGCUGCUGUAGCGGCAGCAUGUAAUGGAGGUAGUAGAUCAUUGAUAGGUUCGGCUACUGCUAGUCAAAUAUCUCCUUCGACUCUGAUGCCCCAGUAUAACAGUUGUUGGAAUUGUGGCCGUAAAGCAAAUGAAACAUGUAGCGGCUGCAAUACAGCUCAGUAUUGCAGCUCGUUUUGCCAGCAUAAAGACUGGGAGACCCAUCACCAAACGUGCUGUAUUCAUUCGGCUGCAGCCAAAGGCAGUCACAAACAAUCCAUUUCGGACCCGUGUCCUUCAAAUGACGUGUCAAGUAACCGCUCAGGGUUCAGGCUAAGUCCACACGAUACCCAAGUUCAGUCGGCAUCACAAUCAACCGAUAGAUCAGCGUCUUCUUGUGCGGUUACUAAGUAGACUUAAGAUUUGUUUCCGUCCUUUUUCUGGAAAUCUCUUACGAGCGGAAAAUUCAAAUUAGCGCUCUUGUUGUUAUUUAUAUUGAUUAUUAUUUAUUUAAAAUAGUGUAUUAUAUUAUUAUAAUACACUUACAAUUACAAUACAUUUAAAAGUAAAAAAUGAUAUUGGCAAAAUUAUUAUUCUAUCAUAUUGGAAGUAUAUACAGAAUAUAAAAAAAUAUGACAUGUUUUAAUAUUUAUAUUUUGUAUUAAUAUUUAUACAUUUUACGUGCGCUCAUUGAUUCUAAUUGAAUUUUAAUUUCAUUUUGUUUAACUAUCAAAUCCAUUAGAACAGACAAUUUUUUUAUUGACUUUUAUUGAUUCUAUUACUCUGGGAAUUUAUUUAUAUUAAACCCCAAACUUAUUAUUAAUAUUAAUUAAUUAAAUAUAUAUAUAUUAAAAAAACAAUAUCAGCAAAUUGUUUGCACGUCUAUGAUUGUAUGAAAUUUAGCAAAAUUUAGCAUGUGGUGAACACCAUAUGUUAAAUUUUUUUUUAUUAUUCACAACACAUUUUACAUUUGUACAAUAUACAGCACGAUCACUUUACCUACUAAACACAACUCGUAUACAUAAUAUAAUGUAUGUAAUGUAAUGUAUAAUAUAAUGUAAUGUAUGUAUAAUAUAAUCUUUAAUUUAUAUGUUAACUAUUCUUUUUUCUUCUAAUAAAUUUAAAAAUCGAUAUUAUUA